AUGGUGGUGUACGAAAAUGUUUCUGGCCAUUACCUAAGACUCCUGCUUCGCAAGCAGGCCCUUCAAAAAUGGCAAGCGCACCCUCGCAGGGUGAAGCGCCUCGUAAAAUACUCUCGCAGGGUACUCGCUAUUAUCAGGCACAUGCUGCUGGCAGUAACUACGAGAAUCAUGGCUAUACUGAUGCAAACAAUAUCCCACCCUCGCGGGGUGGCUACCAUCAUCCGUAUCCUUCGCAAGGGUAUCAAAAUACAUACAAUCCUGCUCGCUCUAAUACAAGGCCAGUUUCUGGGUCCUCCUUUCGAAACCGACAGCCAAGGGACUAUCAGCAAAGAGCUCGAGGAGGACGUAAGCGCCCUCAUUCCCCCGCGGGGCAGAGACAGAACAAGCGAAGGAGAUAUUGACUCGAUACAGUUCAGGGCCGGCCGUUUAGCAAAUUAUUACAAUAUGUGGAGAGGAAUGAAUGCUCCAGACUUCUUGUUGCGGAUAAUAAAAGGGUAUCGCAUACCUUUCAUACAAAAACCGCCUCUCCUUUAUCCGAGUCUUCAUCAGAGCAAUUACGAGUGCCCACACUCGACCGAAAUGACAGCUGUUAUCAAUCAAAUGAAGACUCAAGGUGUACUGGAAGUGGCAGAGCCCUCACCCAGUUUUCUCUCCACAAUUUUUCUUGUACCAAAGAGCGACGGCACUGCUCGUCCCAUUUUCAAUCUAAAGGCCCUGAACAGAUUCGUAUUGGCAGAACGAUUCAGUUUACUAAACGUUCAUCGCAUACCGGACUUUCUUCAACCAAGAGAUUGGUUGUGCAAAAUAGACCUGUCGCAGGCUUAUUUCCAUUUACCAGUUGCCCAAGCGCACAGAAGAUUCUUGCGUCUUAUCUACAGGCAAGAAUUACUAGAAAUGACCUGUUUACCAUUCGGUUUAAGCACAGCGCCCAAGGUUUUUGCGUCAAUCACCAACUGGAUUGCUCAGACGCUGAGAAGGGAGAAUAUUCGAGUAGUUGUAUACCUCGACGACUUCUUGAUUGCCCACCAGGUCAAAGAUACUCUUGUCAACCACAUCAACAUAGUCCUGACAAGAUUAGAAUCACUGGGAUGGUUAGUCAACUACGAGAAAUCAGUCUUGAAACCUCAGAGAGGGCUGGUGUAUUUGGGCGUUUAUUGGGACCCGUGGUCCAAUCAGAAGCAUCUGCCGAAAGACAAAGUACCCAAGUUAAUUUCGCAGAUACGUCAAAUGUUAAACACCAACAAGACAAACCGGAAGGACUUGGAGAAAUUGCGACAACAAGACUGUUAUAGCUUACCUACGCAAUCAAGGGGGAACAAGGUCAACACCUCUCUUGCAGCUAACGUACAAAGUGUUCCAACUGCUGGAGCAGUAUCAGAUUCAACUAAGCCUGUUUUACUUACCAGGGAAGUACAACAGUCACGCGGAUCAUCUAUCGAGAUUGCGAGCACCUCCGGAAUGGCAUCUUCUUCCAGAAUGCACGGAGCGAGUUUUUUCCAAGUGGGGAGUGCCAGUAAUAGAUCUGUUUGCUUCGGCGAGAGCUCAUGUCGUAAUCAACUAUGUAUCGAUAGACCAAAACGAUCACGAAGCCCUGUUUCACGACGCCUUUUCAAAGGUUUGGAAUUUCGAUCUGGCAUGGAUUUUUCCACCCCCGUACUUGAUUCCGAAGGUGCUGGCUCACCUGAACCAGGCCUCAGGGACAUUUCUAAUGAUAGUUCCUCGAUGGCACCGUGUUUUCUGGCGUGCGGAUCUCAAGGCUCGUGCCAUAGCCGCCCCCUUUACACUACGUCACCUGGACAAGGUUUUACUGGACGUGACCACAAACCUACCGCCCCCGAAUGUUCACGAAAUGACGCUAGAAGUCUGGAAGUGUGGGGGUGGUCGGAAAGUCUAACGGGUUGGAACUCUGAACAAGUUUCCCUUCUUCAAUCAUCUUGGCGCGCCUCUACACGCAAGACGUAUAAUACAGCCUGGAAGAAGUGGGUAGCUUGGUCCACACAACAUAAAGUAAAUACUACACAACCUUCGGGUGCAGAUGUUGCCAAAUACUUAACUGACCUCUAUUUGAUCGACAAACUAUCUUACAAGACAAUUCUUUUAUACAAAUCUGUAGUGUCAACUCUAUGUAAUACGGAGUCUGCGGAAAAAUUAAGUACUCAUGUCCUUGUUAAGCAUGUGUUAAAAUCCAUAGCAUUAAGAAAUCCAGUAGAUAAAAAGCCUCCGAUUUGGAAUGUGGAAGUCCUGAUUGAUUAUCUUAGAAAAUCUAAAAUUAACCAUGACAAUAUUUUUGAGGUUUGCAGAAGAACUGCAUUGCUACUCCUUCUCUGCUCUGGCAGAAGAAUACAUGAUCUUACGUUGCUAAGUAUUGAUUGUAAUCACUGCGUAUUCACGGACAGUUCAAUAAUUUUUUGGCCUAUGUUCGGGUCUAAAACUGAUUGCGCGGAUUACAGACAAUCAGGGUGGAGAUUACUUACUAAUGAGUCGUGUCAAAACCUUGACCCUGUUUUUUGGAUUAAACAAACACUCUCGCUAUUAAAAGGUAGAAGAGAAUCCGCUGAUUGUAAUAGCCUCUUUAUUUCUUUGAGAGGUGAUGUCAAAGCUGCAUCGCGUGCGCUGAUUGCAGGAUGGGUUAAAUCCGUGUUUAGGGAGGCAGGUAUAACGGCAACACCUGGGAGCAUACGUGCUGCUGUAGCUUCUAAGAAUUGGGUGGACAAUUGUUCUGUAGAAGAUAUUCUGUUACGAGGUAAUUGGCGUUCUGAAAAUACUUUUAAAAAAUAUUACAGACGCGAGGUUAUGCCUACGCCCACCUUGAAUAAUGCCAUGAGUAUAUCAAAUUUGUUUGCAGCAGUUGAUUAG